AUGUUCCCCGGCAUGCUUCGCGAGGCCCCAAAAGAGCCUCUGUCUCCCAAGUGGAGGCUCGUCCUCAGAGUUGUCGGGUUUGUCGGCGUCUGUGUGCUGAUUGCCAAAUGCGCGGACUUGGCCGACAUGCCCGAGAACAAUCGGCUCUCAUGA